GAUGGCCGCCGCUGCGGGUGUAAACAAGCAGGGGACCGCUGCAGCGAUGGAAGCCUGCGUUCGACACGGCAGGGCUGCAGCUGGCAGCACGGUGAAGGUGUUGGAGUGCGGAGUGUGUGAGGAUGUCUUCUCCCUGCAGGGGGACAAGGUCCCCCGGCUGCUGCUGUGCGGCCACACGGUCUGUCACGACUGUCUGACCCGCCUGCCGUUGCAUGGCAGGGCCGUCCGCUGCCCCUUUGACAGGCAGGUCACUGAACUGGGGGAUUCUGGGGUGUGGGGCCUGAAGAAGAACUUUGCCUUGCUGGAGCUGCUGGAGAGGCUGCAGAAUGGGGCUUCAAACCAGUCAGGCAUGAUGGAGGACGCCCUUGGAGGCGUGGGAGAGUGCAUCAUCCGCUGCGACGAGGACGAGAGCCACACGGCCUCCAUGUACUGCACGGUGUGUGCCACCCACCUGUGUGCCGAGUGCUCGCAGCUCACCCACUCCACCCGCACCCUGGCCAAGCACCGGCGAGUGCCCCUCGCCGACAAGCCCCACGAGAAGACCCUGUGCCCCCAGCACCAGGUGCACGCCAUCGAGUUCGUGUGCCUGGAGGACGCCUGCCAGCCGGGCCCGCUCAUGUGCUGCGUGUGCAAGGAGUACGGCAAGCACCAGGGACACAAGCAUGCAGUGCUGGAAGCCGAAGCGAACCAGAUCCGCGCCUCCAUCCUGGACAUGGCGCACUGCAUCCGCACCUUCACGGAGGAGGUGUCCGAGUACUCCAGGAAGCUGGUGGGCAUCGUGCAGCAGAUCGAAGGUGGCGAGCAGAUCGUGGAGGACAGCAUCGGCAUGGCUCACACAGAGCACGUCCCAGGAACAGCGGAAAGCGCCCGGUCCUGCGUGCGGGCCUACUUUGCCGACCUCCACGAGACGCUGUGCCGCCAGGAGGAGAUGGCCCUGAGCGUGGUGGACGCCCACGUGCGGGAGAGGCUGAUCUGGCUCAGGCAGCAGCAGGAGGACAUGACCAUCCUGCUGUCCCAGGUCUCCACGGCCUGCCUGCACUGUGAGAAGACUCUGCAGCAGGAUGAUUGCAGGGUUGUCCUGGCGAAGCAGGAGAUCACCAGGCUGUUAGAAACCCUGCAGAAACAGCAGCAGCAGUUCACAGAGCUGGCUGACCACAUCCAGCUGGACGCCGGCAUUCCCGUCACAUUCACCAAGGAUAACCGAGUCCACAUCGGCCCAAAGAUGGAGAUCCGGGUGGUGACUCUGGGCUUGGAUGGCGCGGGGAAAACCACCAUUCUCUUCAAGCUGAAACAGGACGAGUUCAUGCAGCCCAUUCCAACAAUAGGUUUUAAUGUCGAGACAGUGGAGUACAAAAAUUUAAAGUUCACCAUCUGGGAUGUGGGCGGGAAGCAUAAACUCCGGCCACUGUGGAAACACUACUACCUAAACACACAAGCGGUGGUGUUUGUGAUUGACAGCUGUCACAGAGACAGGCUGAUGGAGUCUCAUAGCGAGCUGGCAAAACUGCUGACAGAGAAAGAGCUUAGAGAUGCACUGCUACUCAUCUUCGCCAACAAACAGGAUGUCCCUGGUGCAGUGUCAGUGGAGGAGAUGACGGAGCUGUUGAGCCUUCACAAGCUGUGCUGUGGGCGAAGCUGGCAUAUCCAGGGCUGUGACGCCCGCAGCGGGAUGGGCCUCCACGAGGGGCUGGACUGGCUGUCCCGGCAGCUGGUGGCCGCCGGCGUACUGGACGUGGCCUGAGCCCCCCCCGCUGAUUAUCUGCACUGGACUCUGCUCCAGCCCCCUGGCCCUGCCUCUGCCUCCCCUAUGACCCUUAACCCUUCCCUCAGCCCAGCCCAGCCGAUCACCUGUCUCCAGCCCUUGACCUUGCCCCC